CUCAUGUUUUUCCUCUUUUGUUUUGAAAUAAAUAUUUUGUUGUAGGCCAUUGGCUUUUGCAACAGGACAUAUACUGCGGUCAGAAUACGGGACUAAACCAACAUUUGAAGGACUGCAGGAUGAAAACCUAAGGUCCGAAGUGGAAUUGUCGGCAAGUAUAAAAAGAAGUGCGAGAUCUACAUCGAGUGAAGCUUUCAUAGAAAUAUCUCAAAAUAGAAAUAUGUUUACCCCUUCGCCACAAGAACCGUCAGAUCAAUCGAUGAGACUAGUAUGUGUACAAGAUAAUAUUUACGCUGAAUCAACAGAGACAGACCAUGGCAGGCUGUUCAAAAUGGAGGAUGCAUCCAGCAAGUUCCUGUGCAUGGGUAAUAUCCAUGGCAACUGUAAACAAGAAAAGUGUACAAGACUUUAUAGCGAAACACAUUUACCUUACCUUUGGCAGAUACACCUUUUUGGGGGUUGGUUCACGUUACCGAAUUCUGAAAGUGUUGAACAACUGUUCAGUUCUCCGAAAGAAAAGGAUUAUUCUUUCAAGUUUACCUAUGAAUUGGACUUAUGCAUUUUCCCUUUGGACUGUACAAUAGUGUUUGAACCAGUGACACGGGCAUUCAUUCGUGAGUAUAGUUUUGUAGAGGUCAGGCGUUUGAGCACAAUGUCUUUCAACGAGGCCGGCGAUGUGGGGGACAGCUACGUAACUCAAUGGCGAUGGUACUGGAAGGACAAUGACGGGGAAUGGAUGUUGUUUGAACCUGACUCUCUUCAGCAUACGCUUGAGGCCAAGUUUCUUGCUAAACAAACCACAUACCUGUACUGGCGUGAAAACUACAAGUGGAAGUAUACGAUUGACUUUGGU